AUGGGAGAGGAGAAGGGCAUGACACAGAAGCUAAAGGAAUGCAGUCUCAGCGACAAGUUGUGUAUUAUCCAGCAGCAGCAGUAUGAAAUCAUCAUCAUCCCAGCCUUUCUGGUUGGCAUCUCCCUCAUCAUUCUUGGGGUCAUCCUGUGGCUUUUUAUCAGAGGAAAAAGAGCCCAACAGCAGUCUCCUGGACUCCAAGGCAUUGCUCCUGUGCCUCCAUCUAGGGGCCAAAACGGGGAAGCAGAAGGACACCGAGGUGUGUUUGUGCCACUUAAGGAGACAUCGGUGGCAAGCCUCCUACAAACGUCCACACGUGGCCUGGCUAAGCUGCAGUUGCCCCGGGAGCAACUCUCUGCAGUUCUCGAGCUGAUCUACAAUGGUACUUGUGGGGCCAUCUAUCGAACCAAGAUGUACCCUGGGGACCCAGCUAAGUCCAAGAGCAUUGUCCUCAAGGCUUUAAAAGAACCAGCUGGGCUCCACGAGAUAAAGGAUUUCUUAGGGCGAAUCCAGUUCUAUCAGUACCUGGGGGAGCACCAGAACCUGGUCCAGCUGGAAGGCUGCUGCACAGAAGGAGAGCCGCUCUAUAUGGUGUUGGAGGAUGUGGCCCAGGGCGACCUGCUCAGCUUUCUCUGGACCUGUCGCCGGGAUGUGAUGACCAUGGAUGGCCUUCUCUAUGAUCUCACAGAAAAACAAAUAUAUCACAUUGGGAAGCAAGUUCUCUUGGCUUUGGAAUUUCUUCAGGAUAAACAUCUGCUCCAUGGGGAUGUGGCAGCCAGAAAUAUUCUGAUCCAGUGUGACCUUACUGCUAAGCUCUGUGGACUGGGCCUGGCUUAUGAACUCCACACCCAAGGGGCCAUCGCCUCUACUCGCACCAUACCCCUCAAAUGGCUCGCUCCAGAACGGCUGCUGCUAAGACCCCCUGGCAUCAGAGGAGACAUCUGGUCCUUUGGGAUCCUGCUUUAUGAGAUGGUGACUCUAGGGGCGCCACCGUAUCCUGAAGUGCCUCCUAACAGCAUUCUACAGCAUCUGCAAAGAGGGAAAAUCAUGAAGAGACCCAGUAGCUGCACACAAACCAUGUAUAGUCUUAUGAAGUCCUGUUGGCAAUGGAAAGAGGACAGACGCCCCUCACUUAGAGAGCUACUGUCACGCCUAGAAACAGCUGCUCGAAAUGCAGAUGACAAAGCUGUAUUGCAGGUACCAGAGUUGGUGGUGCCUGAACUGUAUGCAGCUGUGGCAGGCAUCAGUGUGGAGAGCCUCUCCUACAGCUACAGCGUCCUUUGAAGAGCCUGGGGGAAGAAACAUUUAUGGGUGAUCAUAUACUCCUGGAAUUCCUCUAAGGACAGAGGAUGGACUUUCUAGUGGGACACAGAGGGAGAAGUGGGACAUGGAGCCUGGAUCUUCCCCUAUACAUUUCCCUAGACAUGUGAAACGAUGCUGGAUGAGACUACAUGCCACAUACCCUUGAGGUUGGGAAAUAGACUUAUUUAUGUUGUCCCAAUCCUAAAGACUCAGGGUAGAAGUGGUAGACAGUGUCGCUACAAAGGAGGUUUUAGAAAUCUGAAAUUUAGGUGGGGUGAGGGGGCAUGGCACAAAUAAGCUGGCACCUCCUACCACAGGCUAGUUUCCUCCUGAAGUAUGCUUUUAUCUAGAUAAUAAUAAGGUACAGAGAUAUUAGAAUCAAAUGAGGAAACAGAAAGCCCAAAAAGGAGUUGAUGAGAAAGAAAAUUAAAGGUUCUCUUUGCUUAGGGAUAUAGAUGUGGACCAAGGUCAUCCUUCAAAGAGAAGGUAGGGGAAAGAUGUUAAGCUCCUCAGUAACGGUCCGUUCAUGCAGGGCUGGGAGAACCAUGAAGGAAAAUAUAUGAAUUUCCCGGUGUAUAGGUAAAAGAAAGAUGGUCCCCUUUUAUCUAAUGCUGAGGCAAGUGAACCCUGUUGAUACUAUUUUUAACUAGAAGCUGUAGAGGUCAUUUUAUGAUUAAGAACAUUCAACAUGUAUUGUUCAUCAGGCUACCUUCCUGGUCCCUGUAAGACUAAGGAGACUGAGCCUAGAGAGUCAGUUAGGCUGAUGGAUAAAAUACCAUGUGUGUUUAAUAAAUAUGAAAGGUGGAAACCAAGCAAGAAUGCUUAGUAGGCCAGAAGGUCUUUAACAAGGCCUAGCAAAGUCUAUCCAAGACAGAAGGAUGGUAGCCUCUGAUUUUCAAUCAUCUAUUGAUGUACUGUGAAACUUACUUCAUUAAAUUAAUACUUACUGAGUGACAUGAGUAUUUCAGUCUUUUCAGGUAUAACAGCUGCCAAAAUCUCUACAGUAGGAAGGAUAAAAGUAAAUAAAUGGAAGCUAAUGUCAAUAGAAAAGUUAUAGAGAUAAUCCACAUUGUCAGAAAAAGGGUAAAAUGGGUAUAAUACUUACCUCACAG